CCUCCAUCCCCUAUGACCGAGGGGCCCGCAGACGCAUCGCCCACUCACACACACACACACUCUUCAUCCUGCUGCUCAGCACCAACAUCCUCUUCCUCCUCUCUUCUCUCUCUCCCUCUUACAUCCUUCUCCACAUUCUGCUUUUCUUCCUCCAACUUGAGAACAAGCUUCUGAGGAGGUCACACACACACUCCCCUGACUGGGCUGGGGGUGGCCACAAACACACACACACACACACUCACACAUACAUACACAUACACACAUCCACGCACACACACACACACACACACCUCUGUUACGUGACGUGACAUCUUGAAGGGGACUCCACUCAAGAUGCCCGAGCCAACCAAGAAAGAUGAAGGCACACCGGAAGACAGUGCUGGUCCUGAGGCCGUGGCAGCGCCCACACCUGAGAUUACUCUUGAGGUGUCUCCCCCUACAGAGGCUGUAGCCGCGGGCAAAGACCCCAUAGGCGCCGAAGGGCAGGAAGUCACUGAGUCCCAGCCCAUCGUGACCGAGGUAACAGAGCCCCAGCCAAUGGGGGCAGAGGUCAUGGGGCCUGAGCCAAUUGUGACAGAGGUCACUGACCAAGAGCCAGUGGUGGCAGAAGCAGCAGAGCCAAAGACAGAGCCAGUUGUGGUUGAGGUCACAGACGCAGGGCCAACCGCAGCAGCGGUGCCUGAGUCAGCCCAGCCACUAGUGGCUGAGGUGAAGGAUCUGGAACCAGUAGAGGCUGUAGAGGUAAAGGAGGAAGCCCCCCGCGCCUCCCCUCCCCCGGCUCCCCCCGUGACUGCUGAGAAGGCUGCUGAUACUGAGCCGGUAGUCAUGGUGAUAACCCCACCCCAACCUUCCACAGAUAAAGAUGAUGACGCAACAACCAGCACCCCUUCACCUACCCCUCCAGAGGAUGGAAAUACUCUCAAGAAACUGUCUAUUGACCUGCCUAAUGAUAGCAUCCCUCAGUCCGCCAUGGGGAGAAAAGACUCAGUGUGGUCCUUGGGGGAAGGGCAGCCCCCUGAGGACUUGGACAAGUCAAUUGAGCCUCCGCCUCUUUCCACCCUCCUGAUUGAAAGACCAGAAACAUCGUCCAUCUCCGUUGGUGAUGACAUCACCUUUGUUGCCAAGGUGGAGGCAAAAGACCUGCUACGUAAACCUACAAUCAAAUGGUUCAAAGGGAAAUGGAUGGACUUGGCCAGCAAGACAGGAAAACACCUGCAGCUGAAGGAGUCAUUUGACCGCUUCUCCAAGAUUCACACAUUUGAGAUGCACAUUAUUAAGGCCAAAACCAAUUAUGCUGGGAACUACAGGUGUGAAGUGAAUUACAAGGACAAAUUCGACAGUUGCUCCUUUGACCUGGAAGUGAAAGAAAUUGAAACUGGUCAAUCAAACGUUGACAUUCGAUCAGCUUUCAAAAGAAGCAGUGAAGGCCAGGAGGAUGCGGGCGAGCUUGACUUUAGUGGUCUUCUAAAGCAUAGAAAUGCCAGGGAACCGAAACAGGAGGAAGCCCCCGACGUCGACGUCUGGGAGAUCCUCAAAAAUGCCCGACCGGACGAGUACGAAAGGAUAGCUUUUGAGUACGGCAUCACUGACUUGCGUGGGCUUCUGAAGAGACUGAAGAAGACGACGAAGGUUGUGAAGAAGAGUGAAGCUUUUGCCAAGAAACUGGAUCCAGCGUACCAGGCGGACAAAGGUGGAAAAAUCCGACUUGUAGUCGACCUAGCAGACCCAACAGUGGAGUUAAAGUGGUACAAGAACGGUCAAGAGAUUCGCCCCACUCCCAAUAACCGGAAGUACAUCUUUGAGCACAAGGGUACUCAAAGGAUUAUGGUCAUCAACAACUGCCAGAUAAACGACGAUGCUGCCUACUCAGUUAGUGCUGGAGACGAGAAAUGUUCAACUGAGCUCUUUGUUAAAGAGCUCCCUGUGAAUAUUGUAAAGCACCUGGAGCCUGUGAAGACUACAGUCAAUGAGCGCAUUGAGCUGGAGUGUGAAGUGACUGAAGAGGGGGCUAAAGUGAAAUGGAUGAAGAAUGGUGUUGAAGUCCCAACUGGAGUCCGGUCUCGGUACCGGGUGAAAUCCGAGGGCACCAAGCAUUGGCUGAUCAUAGACGAUGCCACGAAGGAGGACACUGGCACUUACUCCCUCAAGGCAACAGGGGGCACCACUGAGGCUCAUGUUCAGGUGGACUUGAAACCUCUGAAGAUCUUUCAGGAUCUGCAGGAUAUGACGGUUCUGUUGGGUCAGCCUCUUCCCCUCCACCUGGAGAUCUCCCCAGGCAACGUUCCGGGCCGCUGGUACCGCAACGGGCAGCUGAUCCAGUCCAGUGACCGCAUCAAUAUCCUCCACCGGGCCAGGAACCACAGGCUGGAGAUCCAGGCCGCCACGAUUCAUGAUGCAGGAGACUACAUGUUUGUUCCCGAGGGCUACUCUCAGAGCCUAACUUGCAAAGUUCAAGUUCACGAUCCUCCCAGGGUGCACCUGGAAGCGCUGAAUGCCCCAGACAACACCAUCACCAUCGUUGCCGGAAACAAACUGCGUCUGGAGGUCCCCAUCAGUGGAGAACCGGCCCCAAGAGUGGUCUGGAUGAAGGGAGAGAGGGUGAUUUUGGACUCAGGCAACAGGGUGCGGGCAGAGACGUAUGCUGACCACACCAGCCUGACCAUUGACGUCACCGAGAGGGAGGACUCGGGCAACUACAAGAUAGUCCUGCAAAACGACGCAGGAGAGGACAGCGCCACCGUCAAGGUCAAGGUUGUGGAUAUUCCAGACGCACCGGAAGCUCCUCUCGUCCCAGUGGUCGGAGGAGACUGGUGUUCCAUGACAUGGGAGCCUCCGCACUAUGAUGGAGGAUCACCUAUUUUGGGCUACUUCAUUGAGAGGAAAAAGAAACAGAGCUCCCGAUGGAUGAGGUUGAACUUUGACCUUUGCAAGGAGACAACCUUUGAGCCAAAGAAGAUGAUUGAGGGCGUCCCGUAUGAGGUGCGCAUCUUUGCUGUGAAUGCCAUUGGUGUCUCCAAACCCAGCGGGCCUUCCAAAGCCUUUGUGCCACUCGCUGUAACCAGUGAGCCAACGAUGCUGGUGGUGGAUGAUGUCACUGACGACACGGUGACAAUGAAGUGGCGUCCACCUGACACGAUUGGUGCCGCGGGAUUGGACGGCUAUCUGGUGGAGUACCAAAUUGAAGGAUCGGACGAGUGGAUCGUAGCCAAUCCGGAGCUGACGGAGAAGACCAAGUACACCAUCACGGGUCUGCCCACAGAGGUGAAAAUCCAGGUGAGGGUGAAGGCCAUCAACGCCGCCGGAGCCAGCACACCCCGCACCACACAGCACGCCAUCCUGGUCAAGGAGGUCAUCGAACCCCCGAAGAUCAGAAUCCCCAGGCACCUGAAGCAGACAUACGUCCGUAAGGUUGGAGAGGCUGUCAAUCUUGUCGUGCCCUUCAUGGGGAAGCCCAGGCCUAAAGUGAGCUGGCUGAAGGACGGUGGAGAGGUGGAGCCCACCCAGGUCAACAUCCGCAACACGGAGUGCGACAGCAUCUUCUUCAUACGCAAGGCCGAGCGGAAGCACUCCGGCAAGUACGAGAUGACCGUGCAGGUGGAGAAGCACACGGACACUGCUAUCCUGGACAUCCAGAUCGUCGAUCUUCCCGGUCCCCCGCAGUGUGUUAAGAUCGAGGAAGUAUGGGGGGAGAACGUGGCACUUGAUUGGUCCCCUCCCAAAGACAACGGAAACGCUCCAAUCACAGGCUACACCAUUCAGAAAGCUGAUAAAAAGACGAUGGAGUGGUACACCUGUAUCGAGCACUACCACCGCACCUGCCUCACCAUCACUGACCUGGUGGUUGGCAACGAGUACUUCUUCCGCAUCUACGCCGAGAACAUGUGCGGCCUCAGCGAGUCCGCCACCGCCACCAAGGACAGCGCCCUCAUCGUCAAGCAAGGGCUCCACCUCAAGCACCCCGAGUACAUCGACCGCGACUUCACCGAGCCGCCCAAGUUCACGCAGCCACUCAACAACAUCUUGGCCAUCGCUGGCUACAACGCCACGCUCAACUGCAGCGUCAGGGCAAACCCCAGGCCCAAAAUCAUCUGGAUGAAGAACAAGAUUGCAAUAAUAGAUGAUCCACGCUAUCGCAUGUUUAGCAACCAAGGCGUCUGCACCCUGGAGAUCCGUAAGCCGAGCCCCUAUGAUGGAGGAGUCUAUAGCUGCAAGGCCAUCAACGACCUCGGCGAGGCUCAGGUGGAAUGCAAGCUGGAGGUCAAAGUCCCUGUGCAGGAGUAGUGUAUGUUCUCAUUAAAGGCGGGUACACCUUCUUUGAACUCAUGAAGAGGGGAGUGCCCUUACACCUGAUUGACAAGUACAUGAACGAGACAAAACAAGAGAAGGCACCCGAGUGACAAGCAAAUUCCCCUGAGCUACUCAUAGCCUUCCGACACCCGUGGCUCAACCAAGUUCCUUCUCAGCUUCUAGUGUCCCAGGGUUAGGGGGUGGGAGGGGGGGGUAAGUGGGGUUGGGUUCCGAAUGUGGAAAAAAUGGAAUGCUGUGUACAGAUGUUUUCAUAGUUAGGCAUAUAUAGAAAAGCCCAAUAUAACCAUGUGCCCACAGUAUCUUUCCUUACGAAAAAAACAAUAAAGUCAUUCAUGUUACAAAGAGCCCACAUGCAUGUCACCAGUGGCUUUGACUGUAGCCUCAAGUUAGCUGUGGAGAAAAAAAUGUACCCAGCAUGUGUAGUGUUAUUUAUUACUUUUCUUUUUGCUGGAUGCUGGCAGUGGAUCAGGGUAUUAACGUGAGGGAUCUGCAGACAGGAAAUAGUUUUUUUCUCUCUCUCUCUUCCUUUUUCUUCUUUUCUGUUGCGUCCCCAGAGUUGGGCACUGAAUGUAUUGGAAGUGGUUACAGAUGCAUCAUAAAUAUAUAUUUUUAUCAUAUUAAACACAGAAUGUAUUAUUAACAUCCUGUAAUGACAUGGGAAGAGUUUCAAAACAGUGGUCAUUUGAUGAGAGAUAGUCAUGGGCUACACAAUGUAGUCUGCUGUUGGAUUUUUUUGAAGUCGGGCUAUCUAGUGGUGGGUUUCAGAUUGUGCAGGUUUAGUAUGUGCACUUAAAAUACACAGAUAAAUGGGUCACACUUUAACUGGAUAGUCUACUCACAGACUAUCUACAGAUUAGCAAAAAACUACAGUUUAUGGUUAAGGGUAGGGUUUGGAUUUAGUUAAAGUGAUGUUCAAUAAUUUGAAUUUUGUUCAAAAACAAUUUUACAUACUGAACUUCAUACUGAAUGUUAACAGAUGAUUUGUUAAGUCACUGUGGGAGGAUUAUCCAAGUAAAAUGUUACCGAUAAAUGUUAUUGUUAUGUUUACUGACAGGUGUAUCGCACUGCAUGCAUCUACUGUCCUUUGCCUGAAGGGUGGUUCUGUUAUUUGAAAGAAAAAAAAUGAAACAAAGGCUGGGACGAUAAAGGUCCUCAUUGCAUGCUUUCAGUCCCUGGAUUUGUAAUUUCCUAAAAUGAAUUUGAAAUAAACUUCCCAUAUGCAGUGAAAUGUAA